AUGGAGCAAAAACCACCAGCACGAAAGAUGAAAUUUGCUCCAAAAGCUCCACCGAAACGCGUGCCCAAACCGGAAGUUAAACCUGAAGUUGUUGAGGUUGAUAAUAGUAGUGCACAAGCCACGGAGUUGCUACGCAGAGUAACUGAAAGAUCAUUGCGCAAGCCAAAAGGAGAGAAGAAAGUUCCUAGUUCUCAAGUUGCCUGGAUGGGAGGAGUGGUCAAUUCAACAAGAUCAAUUAAGUAUCUCAAUGGAACAAAUGCUGGUGCUUAUGCCUCAAACGCUACACAGGAGAUAGAGUAUAAAGAACCAUGGGAUUAUUACAGUUAUUACCCAAUCACACUUCCACAGAGGAGACCGUACGCAGGCGAUCCAGAGCUUCUUGACGUGGAGGAAUUUAUGCAGGAUGCGAAAAAUCAUGAAGAUUCACUCAACACAGCAGCUGAUCUUGGUUUAACGGAAGAUAGUGGAGAACAGAAAAUGCUUUUUCUGAGGUUGCCUUCUGUUCCUUUGACAAGGCAAUCAACGAUAACAGAAAACCGUGGAAAAAAUCCGAAUAUCAAAGGGGGCUUUGAGAAGACUUGUGAUUUAAAAGCCUUGCCAGAAGGUUUCAUGGGAAAACUUCUAGUCUAUAAAAAUGGUGCUGUCAAGAUGAAACUCGGUGAAGUGCUUUAUGAUGUUAACCCAGGGCUGAAGAGUGAGUUUGCACAAGAUGUGAUGUUGGUUGAUACAGACGAGAAUAAUUGUUAUCUGGUUGGAGAUGUGUACAAGCAUGCGGUUUUGACUCCUGAUAUUGAUUCAAUCUUGAAAGAUAUUGAGAAAUUUUGA